AUGGGAAACAGCCCGUCAAAGAAUAGCUAUGCCAUACCGAGUACGAAGAACCCAUCUACAACGCAUUCUGCCACUUCAGGCAGUGAAGAACUGAACGCUAAUGAACCUAAUGACCCUGAUGAUAGUAGGUCUCUACCUACUCAGAAUAUAAAGAUCAGUAAAGAGGCUCCUGGAGAGCCCAGAAACAAUUCCAAGAGGAAUAACACAAACCAGGCGUAUGACCUGGAAAUAGAUAUGUCAUUUGCGAAGGCACUAGGUGGGUCAGGGGGCAGUAAUUCUAGCGCAACGAGCACCAGCAGCUCGAUGUCUCUGAAGCGCCUCAUGACCCCACCCUCCGGCGUCACAGACUCCUCGUACAUGUAUGGGAGCUCACCGGAGGACAACUUGGGGCUCGACAAGCUGCCUCCCAUCAAGGAAGAGCAGCACGCAUCCUUGGCAGCCACGAGCUCAUGUAAGAAAACAGUUCGUGCGCAAGCCAAGGCCAAAGCGCUGGCUCGGCGCGGCAUCAAGUCCGGCACUGAGAUUCCCAACCCUCGCUCUGCGUCUAACCGCAUUAUUUUGAAGCGUAAUGCUCACGACCCGCAGUCUGAACGGCUGGAUGUGGACGACAUGAUUGACAAAUUACUUCAAGUCGGUCAGACUCGCUACUACCAGCCCAAGGAUUUCCCAUUCAGAUCUUGGGAGGUUCAACUAAUCUGUGCACGCGCACGCGAACUCUUUUUAGAUCAACCUUCUUUGUUACGCUUACAGGCCCCCAUCAAGAUUGUGGGAGAUGUACAUGGUCAGUUUACUGAUCUGCUGCGUAUACUUAAAUUAUCUGGAGUUCCGCAAGACACUAGCUACCUGUUUUUAGGUGACUACGUUGACAGAGGUAAACAGUCAUUAGAGACUAUGCUGUUAUUACUAUGUUACAAGGUCAAAUACCCUGACAGGUUCUUUAUGUUGCGUGGUAACCAUGAAUCCGCCAAUGUCACCAAGAUGUACGGUUUUUACGACGAGUGUAAAAGAAGGCUAUCCAUCAAAUGUUGGAAAAUGUUUGUGGAUGUUUUCAACACUUUGCCUCUUGCUGCCAUCGUACAAGAUAAAAUUUUUUGCGUGCAUGGCGGAAUAUCUCCGGAUUUGGCAAGUAUGAUGCAAGUCGACCAAAUUGCAAGACCCACUGAUAUUCCGGAAGAGGGUCUGCUCACAGACUUGUUGUGGAGUGACCCGGACCCUCAAGUUCCAGAUUGGUCCGUGAACGAUCGUGGUGUUUCUGUAACCUUUGGUAAAAGAAACGUUUACGAUUUUUGUACCCGCUUCAAGUUCGACUUGGUUGUCAGAGGCCACAUGGUUGUUGAAGAUGGUUACGAGUUUUUCGCACGAAAAAAGUUCGUUACUGUUUUUUCAGCCCCCAACUAUUGUGGAGAGUUCCAGAAUUGGGGAGCUGUCAUGAGCGUCACUACAGGAUUGAUGUGCAGUUUUGAACUGUUGAAACCUCAUGGUUUGAAAGACAAGCCUGCCAAAUAA